UAUGGAGGGAGAUGAAGAGAAAAGAAAAACUUCGAUUGAACUUGAAAUGGAGAAAUAUCUGGAAGAAGAAUUUAAAUGCAAUCAGGAAUGCUUAGAGGCGGGGUUUCAAGUUAAGGAAAUGAACAGUGCACCUCGUGCACCUAUUGAUUUAAGUCUUCCAAAGAGAAGUUCUACUGUUCUGAUGAAUCCAAGAACAGUGGCCAUGUCAGUUUCAGAUCAAAGUUCAUCAAAAAUGGAACAAUUUCAAAAAACAUCAUCCUCUGAGCAGAUAAUAAGUUCAGAGAUGGAAGAUUUAAGCUCAGAAAAUACGCAACCUAAUGUAGAGCUUGUUAAACCGGUUCUGUUGGGAGAUUUGCAGUUCAAUUCUGAAGUUGUACAGCAAAAUUCUUUUGACGCACAAUCUAGUUUAGAUAAUGCACAGCCCAGUUCAUUUGAUGCACAGUCAAGUUCAGUAGAAAGAACACUCAGUUCGGUUGAUGCACAGUUAGAUUCAGUAAAAACAAACCCCAGUUUAGUAGAUGUACAGCACAGUUCAGUAGAUACAAAUUCAAGUUUAGAAACUAAACAGCCCAAUUCAGAAGAUGCACAGUCUAGUUCAGUAGAUGUAGUUUCUACCCCAAGUUCUGAAACUAUGCACCUAGUUUCAACCCCCAACUCAGAAACAUUAUCAUUACCUUCCGAAAACGAUACCGGAGCUGAAACCAACUCUCAAGCAUUCGUCAUUAAACCAAAUUCUAUAGUUAGCCCGGUUAAAAGUUUGAACCUGUCUCCGCCUCAUCCUCCAAGCCGACAACGAGUAGUAUCUCCUCUCCGACCUGCCCCGGGUUCUCUACAGGGUGAGGAUAAGGAUGUAAAAGUAUCACCUCUCCGACCUGCCCCGGGUUCUCUACAGGGUGAGGAGAAGGAUGUAAAAGUAUCUCCUCUCCGACCUGACCCGGGUUCUCUACAGGGUGAGGAUAAGGAUGUAAAAGUAUCUCCUCUCCAACCUGCCCCGGGUUCUCUACAGGGUGAGGAUAAGGAUGUAAAAGUAUCUCCUCUCCGACUUGUCCCGGGUUCUCUACAGGGCGAGAAGAAGGAUGUAAAAGUAUCCCCACUCCGACCUGCCCCGGGUUCUCUACAGGGUGAGGAGAAGGAUGUAAAAGUAUCCCCACUCCGACCUGUCCCGGGUUCUCUACAGGGUGAGGAGAAGGAUGUAAAAGUAUCUCCACCCUCAAGGAUACCGAGUAGGAAGAAUUCUCCGAGUAUAAGUUUAACAGAAGAUCUCAGGAAAUUGGAGAACAGACUAGAACGAUAUCUAUCAAAGACUGGAAGUGAGGCUGGGAGUGAAACCUCGGAAAUAUCUGAGACAUCAGCCAACAGUAAUUCAAGUUUGAAUAGUCUUGUGAACCGACUUCAUCAUGGACAAACCGCCAGUACACGAGCUAAAACAGCAGAAAAUAUUAACGCGGGGAAACACAAGAACGAUCCUAUGACCGUGAGUAGAUCUAAGAACGAUCUGAUGACGAGUAGUAGAGCUAAAGCUGAACCUACGGCUAGGUCUAAACCUGAGGUUACUCGGCCUAAAUCUGAUGUUAUGACAACAAGUGUGAGAGGGAAAGAUGGUUUGUCUGUAGUAGAACCAACUCAGCAGAAUGGUUCCGCUGUUUCUGUAAAACCAACAGGAACAGGAUCCAUGUUGAAAACAACUCUCCGGAAAAUGUCAAGGUUCUCUAUCGGGAGUAAAGUGAAGAAGGAUGAAGAGUUUAAAGCUCCAGGAGCUCCUGAGGAUCGGAGAAGGAGUAGGUUAGAGACUAAACCAGGAGUCAGUAAUCCAGCAGUUAGGAGUAAAUCUUUCAAGGAACCAGAGAAAGCAGUCGCCAAUUCUAGAGAUAGAAAUAAUCUCUAUACCAGCUCACUCAGACGAACAAAGAAAGCGGUUGAAACAGAUCCAACCUCAGCUAACCAAGUUGGGCGAGGACUACGUUGUGAGAAGUGUACCAGGGCUGGACCUAAACGUCUUGGAUCUAGUUUUCAUCUACGAGGAUUGGCGGAGAGGAGUGCUACUGGAGCACAUCUAGAGAGGGUGGGUAUCCGCCGCUCUAUCUCCGCCUCACGGGGCGGAGCUAGGAUUGUCAAGAAGUCGAGGACAGUUCAAACUCAGCUUACUCUAGAUGCAGGGUUAGAUAUGGACGGAGAAGAUAAAAUCCAAUCAUCUACUGGGGUUGUUCACUUCCAGGUUUGGCUACCCGAAUUGUUGGGAGAAGAUACCGACCCUGUAACUACGCAUGUAGAGACAAGUACUGAACCAGCAGAUGACCGGAAGAACAGACAGCUAACCCUGGAGAACAUGAAACUCCAGAGAGAGAUUGAACGAUUGAAGGCUCAAUCUACAGAGAAUGAGUUACUAAAGAAGGAAUUGAAGAAUGUUAGAGUUAAAUUAGAAGAAGAACAAACAUGCAGGUUGAGUAUACAGCAGGACCUGGAGAGGAACCAUGAACGUGUACGGGGUAUCAUGGCUGGGAUGGAUAGUGUAGAGAAGGAACUAGAGACAAGAGAUCAAACCCUAAACCAACUUCAGGUUGAGCUAGAAAGACGGGAAAGUACUGAAAGUGAACUCCAGGAGGAGCUGACAGCUGCCGGUCAAACUAUCCAGGGACAAUCCAGAGAACUUGACAGAUCGAUGGCAGCUCAGAAGACGUUGAUCCAACAGCUCCAGGAGGCAGAGGCUGAAGCUAGAGAACUUCAGGACUUCAUGCAGGUCAGCGCAAAUUUUAAAAUCGCCCUUAAAGGUAUUGUUCACUGAAUUCUACUUAUAUUC